GCCGAGAUGCAGUGGGCCUCCCUCCUGCUGCUGGCGGGGCUCUGCACCCUCUCCCGGGCCCAGUACGACGAAGACCCCCAGUGGUGGUUCCACUACCUGCGGAGCCAGCAGUCCACCUACUACGACUCCUACGAGCCCUACGACCCCUACCCCUACGGGGUGGAGGAGGGCCCCGCCUACGCCUACGGCUCUCCACCCCAGCCGGAGCCCCGAGACUGCCCCCAGGAGUGCGACUGUCCCCCCAACUUCCCCACGGCCAUGUACUGCGACAACCGCAACCUCAAGUACCUUCCCUUCGUGCCCUCGCGCAUGAAGUACGCCUACUUCCAGAACAACCAGAUCGCCGCCAUCCAGGACGGCGUCUUCGACAACGCCACGGGGCUGCUGUGGGUGGCCCUGCACGGCAACCAGAUCACCAGCGACAAGGUGGGCCGGAAGGUCUUCUCCAAGCUGAGGCACCUGGAGAGGCUCUACCUGGACCACAACAACCUGACACGCAUGCCGGGCCCCCUGCCCCGCGCCCUGCGGGAGCUCCACCUGGACCACAACCAGAUCUCCAGGGUCCCCAACAACGCGCUGGAGGGGCUGGAGAACCUCACGGCCUUGUACCUCCAGCACAACGAGAUCCAGGAGGUGGGCAGCGCCCUGCGGGGCCUCCGCUCACUCAUCCUGCUGGACCUGAGCCACAACCACCUGCGGCGGGUGCCCGACGGGCUGCCCUCGGCCCUGGAGCAGCUGUACCUGGAGCACAACAACGUCUACACCGUCCCCGACAGCUACUUCCGGGGCUCCCCCAAGCUGCUGUACGUGCGGCUGUCCCACAACAGCCUCACCAACAACGGCCUGGCCUCCAACACCUUCAACUCCAGCAGCCUCCUCGAGCUCGACCUGUCCUACAACCAGCUGCAGAAGAUCCCCCCGGUCAGCACCAACCUGGAGAACCUCUACCUGCAGGGCAAUCGCAUCAACGAAUUCUCCAUCAGCAGUUUCUGCAGCGUGGUGGACGUCAUGAACUUCUCCAAGCUGCAGGUGCUGCGCCUGGACGGGAACGAGAUCAACCGCAGCGCGGUGCCCGUGGACGCGCCCCUCUGCCUGCGCCUGGCCAGCCUCAUCGAGAUCUGAGUGCUGCGCAGUCCUGGCGCUGGGCUGGGCGCCGGCGAGACCCGGGGCCCCACUGCAUUCGGCUUGAUGGCUUGGUUUGGCUUUUGCUGGUGAGAGGAGAUGGCUCCCCCAGCUCCCUCCAGGGUCCCCUUCCCCGCAGGGCCCCGCGGGGCCAGGGCUCCAGCUGCCUCCCGCUGGGGCGGGCACCGGGAAGCAAGAGGUUCCAGGACACCAGUGGUGGCCGAGAGAAAGCUCCAGCCCCAGACAGCUCCCUCCCUUCCGUCCUCUCGACCGUCCAUGUCGGGGGGACGUCCAAAGCUCCUUGGGCAAAAGAACAUGUGUGUCCUUUCCUGGUGAUCACUGGCCCUCAGAAAUAGCUCUGUCCCGACCACCGCCUCUGACGGCCGCCUCUGCCCGCGGCCUGGCCCUGCAGAUAUUUUCCGUGCUUUGGGCGGAGGCAGAAGAGCCCAAGAGAAUCCUCACCUGAGUCCAGGGGGGUCUGCACCCCGACACCACCUUGGUGGACGUGGCAGCACUGUCCAUGGUCUCAGGGCAGAGACCAGCCGCCUCGCCCCCGAACACAGGGAGGAGGUUUGUUUCAGAGCGGGCGCAGCUCCGAGUGGGUCCGAUUCCAGAGAGGAGCCAGCACACUUGGCUUCCUCUGCCGUCCCAGGGGCCAGCACAGUCCGUGCGAACAGGCCUGGGGGAGCCAGUUCCUCCCUGCUCGCCCACACGCGGCCUUCCCAGCCGCUCCCAGCCGCAGCUUCCCAGGGAGAGGAGAGGCCUGCGGGUUCUCAGAGCUCAAGGAAGCGCCUCUGUCUGACCAAACAGGCCCAGGCGUCCCCCAGCCCUGGGUGCAUCUGCGCAUUCAGAACCCAAGCAGAACUUGGGUACCAGUUCUGGUCACCUGUGUUCUGAGUCUCCCGGGCGCAGGCCACGCGGUGCGAAAUUCUCCCUCAGCACCGCCACUCUUCCUUCCCACCUCUGAAAACUGGUGUUGCCGGCAGCCUAGCCCACUUGCCCUUCUGGGGACCCCUGGGAUAAAGCCACCGGAGCAGCUGGGGCAGGGGCCGGAGAGGAUUUCGCCUUUGCCUGAGCCCUGCCCGGAAGCCGUGACACCCUGACACCCUGUAGGCUUGGAAGCAGCUGCCUUCAGAUGCGAAAGGGCUGGCGGGAGGAGGGUGGGGUUGGUCCUUGGUCUAUGUUCCUGGCGCCAGAUCCUGAAAUCCACAAAAGCCAAACCAGCCUCAUAAAGGCGCUCUGCAUGGGGGGGUUAUAAGGCCACCCCUCCCCAGGGCUCCCCCCAAAGCAUUGCAUGUGGACCCCAUCACGCCUCAAUACAGG